ACCACUGCUCAAGUCAACUAGUUCACGAGUUCGUUGUAAACAAGCAUGCUUAUUUUAACAUACACUUAAUAUUCAAUUUUAUUUACUUUAAUUUAUUUAAAUAUAAUAUUGGCAUCGUACAAAGUAUACACGUCAAGAAUGAACUGCAGAGAAGACUACCUAGAAUGGGACGAGUAUUUCAUGGCAACUGCCUUUUUAGCAGCCAAAAGAAGCAAAGAUCCCUCGACCCAAGUGGGAGCUUGCAUAGUAAACGAGGACCGGGUUAUUAUCGGUGUGGGUUACAACGGAAUGCCUAAGGGCUGCGAAGAUGGAGAAUUUCCAUGGGGAAAGCAUUCCGAUGACUCAUUAAAAAACAAAUACAUGUACGUCUGCCAUGCUGAGCUCAACGCUGUUCUAAACAAGAACACGGCCAAUAUAAAGAACUGCAAAAUUUACGUCGCGUUAUUUCCAUGCAACGAAUGCGCCAAGGUUAUCAUUCAGUCUGGAAUAAAGGAGGUUAUAUAUUUAUCUGAUAAGCAUGCACACAAAAAAACCACUGUGGCCUCCAAAAAAAUGUUCGAUGCCGUAGGAGUUCGAUAUAGGCAAUUUGUUCCGAAACAUUCGAAAAUUGUUAUAGAUUUUAAUCAAAUUAAUUGGGACAAUAUGAAUCAACUCCCAGAUACUCCGAUAAAAAAUCGAAAGGAUUUUGAAUGACAUUAGGCAAUAUUUUACAUCAAUUGCCCUUUUCCCACCUUAUCUAGGGGAGGUAUUGGUAAUAGCGCCAAAUUUAAAUUGAAUGAUUGAAUCUAAACUAGAAGUUUAACCAAAACCAAUUUUUUUUUUCGUUAACUUCCAGUUAACUCAUUAUGCUACAGUUGAAAACCAACUGCAAUAUGUAAUCUCUAGUUUAUUACUAAUUUGGUCAAUUAAUUUAGUCAAUUAGGUUGUAAAAUCAAAAUGAUACAUCAUAAAGUGACAAGUGGCUGUUUUAUUUCAAAUAUACUGACAACAUAUCUACACUAUCUAUAAGAUAUUUUUAUUGUAUGUGUUACAGAAGAAGCUAGAUAGACGUAAACCUAGGUUUACCUGAGUAAACUGCGAAAUACCCAAGAAUAAACAUGGGUAGUGAAGGUUUUUGGGGUUUCUUGGGUUCACGUCAUGCCACGAGAAACUCAUCCUACCCGAGUAAACCUAGGUUUAGUCAUUUAUCUAACUUUACCCGUAACAUAUGUAUACUUGUAUUAUAUGUAUAUUUUUGAUACCAAUAGGUACAAAUUUACUUAUAGAUAAUUGCCUGCAUUGAAACGGUACCUGCUUUAACUUGUAUUUUUAACUAUAAAAGGUUUAUAAGUAAAC